AUGUGGCCCGAAGCCAGGAUAGUCGGCGGAGAAAAAUCGACAUUUGGACGAUGGCCCUGGCAAAUUUCCUUGAGACAAUGGCGAACUUCCACGUAUUUGCACAAGUGUGGAGCGGCACUACUGAAUGAAAACUGGGCAAUUACGGCGGCGCAUUGUGUUGACAAUGUACCACCAAGCGAUUUACUUCUUCGACUAGGCGAAUACGACCUAUCAACCGAAGGCGAACCAUAUUUGCACGAAGAACGUCGAGUACAAAUUGUAGCGUCGCAUCCACAAUUCGAUCCGAGGACUUUCGAGUAUGACCUGGCCUUAUUACGAUUCUACGAACCGGUGCAGUUCCAGCCGAACAUUAUUCCAGUUUGUGUUCCGAAAAGCGAGGAGAAUUUUGUCGGUAGAACGGCUUGGGUUACUGGAUGGGGGCGACUUUAUGAAGGUAACCUGUAA